AUGUCAGUGCCACAGAGAGACAUCCUCUUCCACAUCCUCUACAACAACGACAUGAAGACAACAAUGAAGCUCUGCCGGGAAUCUGCACAGAGGCUUGCCAACAUAUUGAAAGACCCGCUCCCCUCCAAAUUGCUCGACAUCGCCAGCAGGAACGAGCACAUGGCGCGGUGUGUGCUGAUCUUGCUGCUCAAUGUUGACAUGGGUCUCAAGGAGACAUUCACAAAGCCCUACGUCAUCGAGGAAGCCGAAGUCACCCUCCAACCCCUCUGCGGAUACAAGGCCCCCGUGUUUUUCAAGGCGAUCGACAGCACUGUGAUCCCAAACUUCCUCCGAGACGAACUCAAGACCACCAUCACCUUCGAGCAGGAGAUCCAGGAGAUGGAGAGAAUCUGCAAUGCUGACCUUCAGCCACUGAUUCUAGACACUAAGGUGGUCCUGUUGAUCGUCGCUUCCUGUACCAGCUUCAACAUCCCCGAGAAGACCAUGAUCUGGGAAACGAUGAUCAAACACCAGGGCACAUGGCAAGAGUUGGUGCUCGAACUGAAGAAGCACGAGGAUGAUGCCCAGUGCUCGGAACUCUGCAAGGACCUCGACGAAAUCCUUCUCUAUCUCGAUAUGUAUCGACAUGGAGUUGACCUGAAGCCUGAGGUUUUCCAGACUAUCUCGGAGCUGAACACCUUCACGAUGCCGUCAAACGGCAAGGUCCCCGUGUGCAUCAUCAAUGCCCUGCACCUCAUGCAACAACAGCAUAGGUACAUGCCUGAGCACAUGGUCCAGGAUCCGACGUACGGUGAUUUCAUCAAGCUCCUCGCACUGGCCAACAACAUCCCCGUGCGCAAGAGCACAAUGAGCAAGGUCCAAGAUGCUGCCUGGAUGGUUGUCACCUUCGUUGUGAAGCACUGUAUCGGAUUCACGAUAUAUGUGUUUGAAAAGUACACCCUCAGACACAUCCUUUGGUAA